CUAAACAUCUAGCGGAACAGUUAUAGAUUGCUUUGUCGCGCGAAUUUUUAACUAUUUACCAUAUAAUUUUAAUAAAUUAAAUCAUUAAUUUCUAACAAAAAUAUUUGCAAACAAAAAAAUCGAAUAGUUUUUCUUUUACUAAUUAUAAAAAGUUGUUUCCCUUUGUUUCAAAAAAUCACGCGAUUGAACAGUCAACAAAAACAAAAGCAAUCAGAGGCAGCAACUAGACAAAAUUGAAAACCAACAAGAAUAGAAAAAUAGAAAGAAACAUUUUUUCUUUGUGAUCCACUAAAAAAUUUUCCAUAUUAAGAAGGCAACAUUCGCUACACGAAGGCCCUAAAUUAAUGGGAAAAAGUAGAAAAUUCUAAAGGAGUUUUAAUCAAAUUACACGGAAAUAAAUAGCAAAAAAAAAAAUCUUGAGUGUGUAUCAGUGUUGAGUGUUGUGUUCGUUCACUCUCCUACAUACAUAUAAAACAGUGUGUGUUGUUCUUGUUGUAUUAUACGUGUGCUUGAAGCAAAGUCAGUUUGUGACUUGUUAUUGUUGAUAUUACAGAAAAAAAAAAAAAAAAAAUAACGAAUCUAUAAUACACUCAGGCGAUUUAUAGCCACCAUCGCUCAACCAACCAUUGUGCUUGAAAUACAAACCUACGGUGGAAUUUAAUAACACAAUGGACUUUGAAAAUACGCCCUUGUUAGAAUCAGCGGGUAUAGAAGUGUCGGAAAAAGAAUUAAAUCGUAAUUACAAAUCAACAAAGUCCGAGUCAUCAGCGAAUUCAAUGUCACCAGCUCCAGCAACUACACAAAAACAACAACAACAUAAUGGCAAAAUAAACUCCUCCGCUUCCCACAAUGGGACAGGAGUGGCAUCGGCGCCUUCAAAUGUUCAGUAUAAGAAGAAUCCCAUGUCCGCUGCGGAUCGUACAGCCACCAAAAAAUCCCUAGUGAUUUUAGCUGGCAUCUUUGUCACGUCACUGGCCGCUAUGUUUUACGUUUACAUGAUAUUCCCCGAACUGAAUGAAUCUGAAAAACAACAUAUGAAAAUACCCCGCGACAUACAAGAUGCCAAAAUGCUAGCCAAAGUAUUGGAUCGUUACAAGGACAUGUACUACUUCGAAGUAAUGUUUGGUGUGGUCGUCGCCUAUGUAUUCCUGCAAACAUUUGCCAUUCCAGGAUCUCUAUUUUUAUCCAUAUUGUUGGGAUUUCUUUAUCGUUUUCCCAUAGCACUGUUCCUCAUCUGUUUUUGCUCAUCGGUGGGCGCCACCUUGUGCUAUAGUCUCUCCAAUCUGGUGGGUCGACGUCUGAUCAAACACUUUUGGCCCAAGAAAAUCAGUGAGUGGUCCAAACAUGUGGACAAACAUCGUGAUAGCCUAUUCAACUAUAUGCUGUUCUUGCGCAUGACUCCCAUCCUGCCCAAUUGGUUUAUCAAUUUGGCCUCACCGGUCAUUGGAGUGCCAUUGUUUACCUUUGCUUUUGGAACAUUUUGUGGAGUGGCGCCACCCUCGGUGUUGGCCAUACAGGCGGGCAAGACCCUACAAAAAAUGACCAGUUCCAGUGAUGCCUUCUCAUGGACGUCCAUGGGGGUGUUAACAGUAUGUGCAUGCCUGUCCUUGGUGCCGGGUCUAUUGAAAAAUAAACUGAAAAAGAAAAUAGCAUAAAAAAAUAACAGAAAGAAAAAGAAUAAACUAAGGGAUAGUGCAUGAAUGUGGAAAAUAAAGUCAAAGGGAUAAAGCUAAAGGAGUGCUAAUAAGAUAAUGAUAAAUGUAUUGUUUUUGUUUAUUUUUACUUUAUUUUUUGUUAGUUUUCUUUCUUUUUUGAUAGUAUUGCAAUGAGUUACACAAAUCUAUUGAUAAUGAAAGCAACCAAAGGAAGGAGUGAGCAUUGAAUUGAAAUUCCUUUCAAUGUUUUUUUUUUUUAUUUUAACUUAUAAAGCUUAAUUCCAAAUGUAAACAUAUAUAUUAUUACAAUAAUUUUUAUUAUUAUUAUCUACUUUUAAAUAUAUACAAAAUAUUAUUAGUGUUAGGUUUAUGUAAAUUUUUAGUAGCUAAUUUCUUUUUUUUAAGUUUUAAUUUAUAAUAAAGUUCAAUGAAGUCUUGAGAGUAAGUAGGAAACAAAUAUGUCCUUUCUUUUGGGGACAGUAUUCUGGUAUGCAAUUGAUUUUUGCUCGGGCAAAGCCUAUUUUCUUUAAUUUAAUUAUUAAAUUAUUAACUAUACAGUAUUUUAUUUUGAAUAGAUUUUCUUUUUACAGUUUUAAAAGCAAAAUAAAUGUUUUUCUUGAGAAAAAUUUCAUUGAAAUAUGUAACAGCUUUGCCCUUUAUAAAAUAACCAAAGAUACUGUAGAUGUCGCUAGCAGACAUGUACAUAUCUUGUAUAGCAUAUAAAGACAGAUAUCAUCCUAUUCAAAUUUUUCGAUAACUUCCGAAAUGUGGAUUCUGAUGCAAAAAUGUUCAAUGGUACAUUAUUUAAAGUGCAAUAAAAGCUCUUAACGACAGAAAAAUGUUUGUAAGAAUUUGUAUAACGUCGUAGGUUGCAAUAAAAUUCUUGUAAGUACCUAUCUAAUCUGGCGAUGCAAUGUGUUACGUUAUGUUUUUGCACCGAACAUCCUUUAACCACUUCCGCACAGUGUCUUUCGAAACGAAAUAGAAAACUGUGAAGCGGCCCUAUCGAUAGACAGAAGUCUAAUAUAUCGAUUAUGGAUUGCAACCAGACUUUAGUUGAGUUGCCAAAGGGCAAAUUUGCUACCGAAAUGUUCAUUUCUGCAUUGAAUUGCAUAGCUUUUUACAAUUUUUUUUAGUAUUUAGAGCGCACAACAAGUCGAUUACUGGCUUAGGUGCAUGUCCCUAGUGGCUUGGGCGGAUUAACAUCCGCUUCCUCUUUUCAACCUAACCUAACCUAGUAGCUGAAAGUUCAAAACACUGAUAUCGAAUGAAACUGACAACAAUUUUCAAGUUUUUUAUGGUUUUAUGUUUUGGCAACGCCACUAUAGUUGGAUUGCCAUUCAUAAUCGACCCCUAAAAUUCAUUAUCAUAUAUUUAUCUAAAGAGUGAAGAGCAUCAACUUCGUCCUUUUGGAUUAGUUCUAAACUCAUUCUCACAGCAGUCAGGCGGACUUGGAAUGGAGCUCUUAUCAAUAGAGUUUUCUUAGCCAAGCAAGGCGCGAGGACUAUGUUUUCAAAAAGAAACCAGUCUAGCAAAUGAGAUUUAAACUCAAUUAUUUUGCAGAGCAAUGACAAUGUAGUUGCUCGACCAUCUUUAACACCUCAUGCGCACAAACGAUGCGGAAGUCGCCUUUUCCCGCGAUUUCAUAGACCUUACAUUAAAAUGGCCCUAUCAAUAGCACGAGCUCGUGCUUCUUUGCCCUUUUUCCCGUGAGAAACAUGACCAUGAGGUUUUGACUGCAAUUCCUAGCAUCAGCUCACACACAGGUACGGAUUCACUAAUUUCGUAGUAUGGCCACGCAUCAGCGAUCCAUUCUCGACCUGCUCAUCGGAUGCUCUUUUUUUCUGGUACUCGUUGAUUUAAAAUUACAUAUUAUUUUUAUUUUGUUGUUUAAAAACUGUAGUUAGUUAAUGAAAAUUAAAUAAUUAAAGUUACAAUAAAUUGGAAAAAUUGAAAAUGAAAUUGAAAUGUGAAACGAACAUUGAGUUGAAUCAUAAAAUAAAAUCAGACACACAUGAUUUUAUUGGAUAUAUUAGAAAUUAAGCAAAGAAAUAUGCCAACAGCUGCAUGCAGAAGAACUGAAACAAAAUGAUAGAUAUGUAAUCCCGCCCUCAAAAAAAAAAUCACGAACCAAUUGAUAAAAUAAAAGACACAAAAUUUAAAAUCACCUACAGCUCCAGAAAUUUUAAAAAAUGUUGUGAAAAACCCCCAUAAUUGUUGCAAUUAAAAUUUUAAGCAUAAACAAAUACAAACAAACAUUAAUAUGCAUAUAUACUGGGUGUAAAAUUAAUCCAUGUUUACUGAUAUUAUUCACGAUUUUUGAUAUACAUACAUACCUAUUAAAGACCCACAAGCAUACAUGUUACAAACGAAUGAAAAAGUAUUUGUUAAAAUCCUAUUUACAUAGAAGAAACUCCCCAAAGUAUGUGGAUACACAUCUCACCAAUAUUUAGAUGUGUAAAAAAAACUUUACUGUAAGAAAAUGCCCUAUUAAAAAAAAGGACAGAGAUAUCUCUCUGUUUCAUUUUUUAAGAAACCAGUCAAAGAAAUCGUGUUAAAAAGAAAAUUAGUAAUAAAAACAUAAACUUCGUGUAUUGUAGUUUUCAGAGAAAAACUGUAA